AUGUGGAGGGAGGAGAGGGAUAGAGUGCAUGGGAAGGUGUUGAGAGAGCAGAGACAUGCCUGGGCAUCAAAGGAGGAGAUGGUAUUCAAUGUAGAGGUGAACACACCAGGGACACGCACAAAGGGAGUGGAGUGGGCAUUAUAUCCAAUAAAGACUGUCCACCAAGUGCAGGCAGUGAGGUGGAUAUUGGAGGCAAUCAAAAUAGAUGGAACUGUUGAAAUCAUGGGGGUCACAAUCACUGGGACUCAAGGCAUUACAAUCCCAGCUUGGCACCCUCAACAUCCAUCAAACACAACUGUCCUCCCCCUCUGCAUCUUCUUUGUCAUCAUCAUGACCGUCAUCACAGUCCCCGUCAAGAUUGGAGAGAUACCACUGCAUGUACACAUGGUUGGAACAUGCUGGGGUUGCUGGUCAGGUCCAGCUGUCAGGAAGCUCACAUUCUCCAAGCACUUUGAGAAAAUGUUCCACUGGAAUGUGGAGAUGGGAAUGACCACAUUGGGAACAGCAACCAUAAUUUGUGCAGACAUACCAGAUUAUCAUUGGUCCCCAAGAGGAUUGGAUUGUGACCCAAAUGGAGAGAGAGAGAGAUCUGCUCUUAGGGGCAUGAAUGAGAGACACUGGAAAUGA